AGGGGUGCCAGUUGUUCUUCAUGCAAUUGUGGACCUACUAUCACCGUCACAAUGGAGGUGGAGAAUAAGUUCAGGAAGCCGUAUUUCACGGCUUCUACUCAGCUUGAGAUGCCCCAGAGAGAGCUCAUCUACUUCCUCCAGGCGGCAGUAGCCAAGGACGGGCAUUUCCACUUCACAGCUGAGUAUUAUGCGACACCAGCGGUGACAGGAUAUAUGGUCCUGAGCUUGAACAAAUUAGCUGGGAGCACCGAGGACAAGACUUACUGGCAGAUCCUGGACAACGGGAAACCUAUACCUGUAGGUGUCAGUUUGUACGUACCAAACAACGGUUCUGUAAUUACCUUCAAGUUCACCUCGUACGGUAACGACGACUGUACAAAGAGUUAGACGAGGGUCGAGGUCAUCGAAGAGACACGAGACAUGAAAUACUAGCUGAGGCAUGACUCCUCUUCUCAACGCACGUAACAAAACCUCGACUUAACCAUGUACAGUGGAACCCCGCUUAUCCUAACACCAGAUAUCCAGAAACCUUGCCUAUGAUGAUAUUUACGUAAAACGAAAUACAUAUGACAUAAAAUGCUUCUUUUAUCCAGAAAUCUGGUUUUCGGAUGACAGCUAAUACUUUUCGUUUGUUUGUUUG